CCAAGCGUCGCCACAGCAGCAUAGCGCGCGACGGACAGAGUGGGGGCGCGUCCACCUCUUCCCGUACGUCACGGCGCGCGCCGGAAAAGAGGCCCAGACAGGCGGAGGCGCGGUGCGGCCUAGCGAGAUGCCUGUGACCGUGGGCCCAUAUGGGCAGUCGCAGCCCAGCUGUUUUGACAGAAUAAAGAUGGGUUUCAUGAUGGGCUUUGCAGUGGGCAUGGCUGCAGGAGCGCUGUUUGGCACAUUUUCCUGCCUCAGGAUUGGCAUGAGAGGACGAGAGCUGAUGGGUGGAGUUGGCAAAACGAUGAUGCAAAGCGGUGGGACGUUUGGGACAUUCAUGGCCAUUGGUAUGGGAAUACGCUGCUAAUCUGGAGCUUGGGAUUCAUCCCAGAGUGCCCCCACCCAGCCAUUCCUAUGCCGUACAAUAAUAAAAUCUUUAGAUACCUGGAA